AUGUUAACUACUAUAUCUUAUGGUUUUAUUUUUGAUGAGGCAGAUGUAGCAACAAACGGUGGUGGAGCUGUGCCAUCAAAGACACCAUCGGUACCGAAGGUGGGCUAUGGUGAAUGGAUGCAAGUGCCCCCGAAAGAAAGGGUUCCAUCCAGGGGGGAUAAGGGGGAAGCUGAUAAGGUUGCUAAAAAUACGGGUAGUUAUCAGAAAUUUAGGACUUAUUUUGAUGUGUUGGCUACUGCUAAUAAUGAAGAAACUUUGAAUCUUGAUAUGGGAGCGCAAUCAGGGGGUAGAAAAGAGGCAGUCCGUGGGCCAGCUAGAUUAGAUGUUUCAACAACAGGGAGAAAGGAAUUGCGGCAAGUGAGCCUAGGGGGUGGAAACUCUUGGCUAGUAAAGUCUGGACCUAAUAGCAAGGGUAGGGGAGUGAGUACUAAAGCUGGGCAUGGCCUGGUGGAUGAGGAAUGGUGUGAAGUAAGGGAUGCACGGAAGGGUAAAGGAGAAGAGAAUAUAUCACCUAAUUCUGGUGCAGAGGUAGUUCAGAAUAGCGAGGGAAUGGUGUUUGACUUUGGUCAAAUGACUCCUAUGGGGAGAGAAACUAGGUCUGACCCAUUGAAAUACCAGAAUGUCAUUCUAGUGAAAACUGGACUUGAUCCAAUAUGA